AUUUAUCGAUUGCAACUUGCAAUGCCCUGGUCACACAUGCACUUAUUAAUUACAAAAUUAAUUACAAAAACGGCGACUAACUCUGCGCUUAAAGUCACUCGCCUCGCGUCUUCCCGCGUCGCCAUGCACAGCCGCAGUUUGCUGCCGGAUCCGGCUGUUUACCAGCCGGACACCCUGGACCUCAACACGGACGUAAAGGCGGCGGAUUAUUGGUUUAAUUGCUUCCGGGACUUGGCUGCGAAGUUCGCUAAGGUGGCGGCCGGGUCGCAGGAGGAGGAUAAAACGGCCACACAGCGUGCGGAGGAGUUUAAAGCGGCUUAUCUGCAGCAGCUUGAUGAGCACCAGCGGAACGUUCCACUCAACAGGGGCAAAGUUGUCCUGGGCACCAGUGAACUCCUUACACUGAACGAGACCCUGUUGCGCCGCUACGGAUUCGCAGAUCCCUGGCUCAGACAAAAAAAAUUGGAGAAUGCCUCGGCGGUGGCCCGUCUGAAGCAGCGUAUCCAGGAAUUGGACGCCAUUGAAAGUGACGACGCCAGAUGGACGGAGUUAGUCCGCGGAGUCCUCGCUGGUAACAUGUUCGACUGGGGUGCCCAGGCCAUAUCAAAUAUACUCGAGCAGGAUAGCAAUUUUGGACUUCAUUCAGCUUUAGAACGGAUAGAGAAGCGUCCUUGGCUGUUGGACAACCUGGACAAUUGGCUAAAUCGACUUAAGGGCGAACCCCACAAGUGCGCCGUGGUCUUUGUGGAUAACAGUGGAGUAGAUGUGGUCCUCGGAGUGCUGCCCUUUAUUCGAGGACUCCUGAAAAGAGGUACCAAGGUGCUGCUCUGCGCCAACAGUGAACCCGCUCUUAAUGAUGUGACCAGUGAGGAGCUUAGAUCCUUGCUGAAUGACUGCGCGCGGGAAUGUGAGGUGCUGGAGCAGGCCUGGUCGAAGGGACAACUACUGGUCUACGCAAAUGGACAGACAGGUCCCUGCCUUGACAUGCGCACCCUGCCGUCAGAGCUGUGCGACGCCAUUGCCGCCAAUGAGACUGAUCUUCUCGUGAUCGAGGGUAUGGGACGGGCCCUACACACUAACUUAAAUGCUACCUUUGGUUGCGAGACCCUCAAGCUGGCCGUGAUCAAAAACAGAUGGUUGGCCAAGUACCUGGGCGGCGAGGCCAUGUUCGCCGUUAUCUGCAAGUUUGAACCUGCUGCGCCUAGCUAGUCCAGGAGCCACUGCGUCCAUUGUUAUCCCCUGUUGACAAACAAACAAAACCCCUCGCACGAUGAUCAGCAGCCAGGGGUCAUUGUUGAGUUCGAAAUUAUUGUUAUGGUCCACAAAACCCACAACCCGCAACCAAAUCCCAUCCCUCGAUAUACCGAUGAGAUUCAUAAGUGUAUAAAUGUAAUCUUAAUGCAAGUGCUUUCGUGGUCACCUCACCCAUAUAACCGCAAACAAAACUUUUAAUAAUUAAAAACAAGAAUAUAUAAUAACAAA